GCAGAGCGCAGGUGCUACCGGUUUGCGUAGCAGCUUCAUCAAGUAGCUGGCAUUUGUGGCAGCAGUAUCCACAACAGGUGUGAACAGGUCCCACCCGACUCCAUCCUGGAAAGUCCUUUUGAAGAAAUGGCCCUGGUGAGGGGCGGCUGGCUGUGGAGACAGAGCUCCAUCCUCCGCCGCUGGAAGCGGAACUGGUUCGCUCUGUGGUUGGAUGGCACGCUGGGUUACUACCAUGAUGAGACGGCACAGGACGAGGAGGACCGAGUAGUCAUCCACUUCAAUGUCCGAGACAUAAAGGUCGGCCAAGAGUGUCAGGAUGUGCAGCCUCCAGAGGGCAGGAGCCGAGAUGGCCUGCUGACAGUGAACCUGCGGGAGGGUUCCCGCCUGCACCUGUGCGCGGAGACCCGGGAUGAUGCCAUAGCAUGGAAGACUGCCCUGUUGGAGGCAAAUUCCACCCCGGCCCCAGCUGGAGCCACCGUCCCACCCAGGAGCCGUCGGGUUUGCCCUAAGGUCAGUUGUACGACCCUCUCAUGGAACCCCUGUAAGGUUGAGAGGCGGAUCUGGGUACGCGUCUACAGCCCAUAUCAGGACUACUAUGAGGUGGUGCCACCCAACGCACAUGAAGCCACAUAUGUCCGCAGCUACUAUGGGCCACCUUAUGCAGGUCCUGGUGUGACACAUGUGAUAGUUCGAGAGGACCCCUGCUACAGCUCAGGGGCCCCUUUGGCCAUGGGCAUGCUUGCUGGGGCUGCCACGGGUGCUGCUCUUGGCUCACUUAUGUGGUCGCCUUGCUGGUUCUGAGCCCUGAGUCUCCGACCUCUGUUUGUGCAUGUAGAAGACCCUUUCCUUCUGGAUCCUCUGCUAUCUACCAUCUAAACUGUCCCAUUCUGACCCCUUUCUCUCCAUUAAGCCCUCUACACUUGGCCCAUUCCUCCCACCAUUUAUCCUCUUUCCGUCUCAAAGGAAGCUAACAUCUCAGGCACAGACAUAGCCAAAAGUCCAUGCACCUAUUGCCAGGCACUCAUAAAUCACAUGUGGAUUUUCUCUACACACAGCAAACAUAACGUCAUUCGGCUCUAAGUGUCUGAGGCCAGGAGCUCACAGGAGAGCAAACAACAAAGCUACAGUUAUCUGUCUGGCAAGGAUAAGUGGGGGUAAGGAGCAAGGCAGACAGUCUGGGUGCCCGAAGAAUCAAAUAACAGUUGGAGUUGUGGCAGGGGUUGGAUUGUGGUGGUUCUAGCUCUAGGCUUGCUGGAUAAGCGCAUAACAGGGCCUUUUAUGGAGUGAAGUUUCUUGAUUUCAGCUAUAAUGAAUACUUUGCCUGUCUAGUUAGUACUGGCAGAACAUACCCUUAUACAAAACAUGGAAUUUGGCACCUUUUCCCCACUUGUAGCUUCCCUACAAUAGCUGAGCUAACCCUAAGGUUUCCUAGCUGUGGGAAAAGGUGAGUUCUUUGAGACCUCUGGCCUUAGGAAGUUGCUUCCAUUAGGAAAUGCCUUUCUGAUCCCAGGAUCUCAGCUCGAUGACAUUGACUGUUAACAUCUGAAGCUUAUUCUCUUCCUUCACUCUGGGGGGAGAUGGCAUUAUUUUGUUCUGGGGCCUGACCCACCUUGGCACCAGCCUGGGGAACCCCUCAUGUGCCUGUCUGUAGGUGGCAAGCAAUAUCUCCAUUUGAUCCUGUUUCAAACUAUUCCAUUACCCUGUCCCAAUUGCCAAUAGAAAAGCUAAAAUCCCUGGCUCAGUGGCUAGUGUGUCCACGGGCUCAGCUGCAGACACUAAUAAAGACAUGAUUGG